AUGGUUCGCAAUACUAUGCCGCUUCCUCGCAUCCCAGACCUGAGUCUCCCAUCUUUUCGAGAGCUCGACGAGUCUAUCGAAGCGAACAGACAGAACCAUCCUCGCCCUUCUGGUCGUUUCACGAAUAACGUGUAUGAGGGAAGAGGCAAUAGCCUCUCGCCAUCACCUCGUACAAGUACCCUUCCUAACCCAUGUCCACCCUAUCCAGUUAGGGGAUGGCACAUCCCGCCUGACCCCAGCCAAAAUGUUUGUAUCCAUCUAUCUCGCCCGUGGGAUUUCCUUCUAACCUCUCGCCAGGCCUUCCGGGACCGGUGGUUCAGUUCUCCAACCGUGCGUCCGCAUCGACGAUACAUAUACAAACUGGUCAUCAUAACUAACGAUCAAAAGCAGGACCCUGCAGGAGCUUUCCGACCUGAGAUGAGAUUUGCUGGGAAUAGAGACCUACCUCUUCCCACCUCUGAAACCCUCCCCCUACGCCCGAGAGUAAGCAAGGCAUCCCCAACCGACACGCAGUCCACUCUCAGUUCCGCGCAGAGGAUCCUGCGCGAGCGCAUGUCCUCGAGCUCCCGGACACCCUCAACACCUGAGGUCUCCCCCAAUCCCCCUCGACCAGCCCUAGGGGAUCGAAACCUACCGAAACCCACACUCCCAGCGCGCGAACCCAGGGACGACCCAGUCCCAAGCGGCAGAGUCCAGAGACGCCGAAUCGGUGUUACAUUCUCUGAAGUAGCCGCCCACACAGCAAAGUGCGACGAAUGCAACAAGCGCAACAGGAACGGCAUGUCGCGGUGCCAGACCUGCGGCUGGCAACUAUGCCGAAAGUGCCAGACAGACCGCAACGGAGACCGCACUCACGGGUCUAUUGGAGCAACUCAUGUCCCUGAGGGAGGCUAUACGCCACUGUCUCCCGCUGCGAAUGCAAACGAGACUCGACGUGCGGAUUUCGAUGAAGAUGUGAGGGCUGCGCGAACCCUGCUUGAACUUGGAUCUUUCGGUAACCGGACUCCUAGUGCCGCCGGUAGUGUCAAAGGCAAUGAAGCUCUGGAGAUGCCGGCUACUCGCAGCCAGUUCGAGCGUCCAGUCGAUGCAGUGUCGCCUGACUCUGAGAUGACCUUGUCGAUUCCUGAAGAGGGGGUUUGGCCCCAGGGUGGUGAUGAUGAUGUUAUCCCUAUUGGUGCGGAUGGUCUGCCCAUUGGAUAUGUCAUCACCCGUCGUAACCCUGUGCGUGCUGCUAGACCCUCGACGAUGGCGGAGUAA